GUAAAUGGUCAAUUAGCGUCCAGCACAGAAAUGGCGUGGUUUGUUUCGACAAAUGACGUUUUUGAUAAAUGUUAUAUCGGCGCGACGCCGGAAUUGGACGAGGAACGAGUAUUUUGCGGUCAGAUGUCGGCAAUUUAUCUCUUCAGCGAGGCCUUAACAACGCAUCAGAUAUGCGCCAUGCAUAGGUUAGGACCUGGAUAUAAAAGCCAGUUUCGAUUUGAUAACGAGUGCAAUAUAAAUUUGCCAGACAAUCACAAAAGGGUGAGUGAAAAUAGUGAUCAGUUACCAGCAUCUAGCAUGCCUCUGCCUUUGACUGCAACAGAUGCACGUUCCGUUUUAUAUGACGGGAAGCUGUCAAGUGCGAUCGUCUUCAUGUACAACCCUGUGGCAACUGACACUCAGCUCUGUCUACAAUCGGCCCCCAGGGGAAAUAUAUCCUACUUCGUACAUACACCACAUGCCCUCAUGUUGCAAGAUGUUAAAGCCGUGAUAACUCACUCCAUCCACAGUACGUUAAAUUCAGUUGGGGGAAUCCAAGUUUUGUUUCCUUUGUUCUCACAACUUGACCUGCCUUACGAAUCCAACGGUUCCUCAGAUGCGAAAAGAGACCCGACGUUGUGUGCUAAACUUUUGGGAUUCAUCUGCGAAUUGGUGGAAACUUCCCCAACUGUUCAGCAACACAUGAUCCAAAACCGAGGAUUCCUAGUUAUUAGUUUUAUGUUGCAAAGGUCGUCGAGAGACCAUCUAACGAUAGAUGUCCUAGGAUCGUUCCUCAGCCUCACCAAGUAUCUAGUUACCUGUCUAAGUGCCAAUAGCGAACUGCUCUUGAAACAGCUGUUGGACCAUGUUCUCUUCAAUCCCGCCCUUUGGAUCUACACGCCGGCCUCCGUUCAGACCAGACUUUACUCCUAUUUGGCGACGGAGUUUUUGUCUGAUACGCAGAUCUACUCCAACGUGAGGAGAGUAUCAACCGUGCUUCAGACAGUGCACACUCUCAAGUACUACUACUGGGUGGUCAAUCCGAGGUCUAAGAGUGGAAUAUCACCGAAAGGAUUAGACGGUCCAAGACCAGCGCAGAAAGAUAUCCUCGCCAUACGUUCCUACAUCCUUCUGUUCCUCAAACAACUCAUCAUGGUCGGCAACGGAGUGAAGGACGACGAGUUACAGAGCAUCCUCAACUACCUCACUACGAUCCACGAAGACGAAAACCUCCACGACGUUCUUCAAAUGCUCAUUUCGUUGAUGUCGGAACAUCCUUCGUCCAUGGUGCCCGCUUUUGACACCAAGUGCGGCGUCAGAACCAUUUUUAAACUGUUAGCUUCUGAAAGUCAGUUGAUUCGCCUGCAGGCUCUGAAGCUGUUAGGGUUUUUCCUGAGUCGUAGCACGCAUAAAAGGAAAUACGAUGUCAUGAGUCCUUAUAAUCUGUACACUCUGUUAGCAGAAAGGUUACUGUUGAACGAGGAUACUUUAUCUUUACCAACAUAUAAUGUUCUUUACGAAAUAAUGACGGAACACAUCAGUCAGCAAAUACUGUACACCCGACAUCCCGAACCUGAGUCGCAUUUUAGACUAGAAAAUCCAAUGAUCCUUAAAGUGGUGGCUACUCUCGUACGACAGUCGAAGCAAACAGAACAACUACUAGACGUUAAGAAACUAUUCUUAUCCGACAUGACGCUGUUGUGUAAUAACAACAGAGAAAACAGACGAACCGUGUUGCAGAUGUCGGUGUGGCAAGAAUGGUUGAUAGCGAUGGCGUAUAUCCACCCUAAGAAUACAGAGGAGCAAAAACUGUCCGAUAUGGUUUAUUCACUGUUUAGGAUGCUACUUCACCAUGCGAUUAAGUACGAAUACGGAGGAUGGAGAGUGUGGGUGGAUACACUAGCUAUCGUUCAUUCCAAGGUUUCUUACGAAGAAUUCAAGCUCCAGUUUGCUCAAAUGUACGAACGAUACGAGAUGCACAGAGCAGACAACAUAACGGAUCCUCUAGUGAGACAGCAGCAUCCGAUCAGCACAAUAUCCGGCUGGCACGAGUCGAAUCAAAACGUGCCCAACGGAUGCCAUGCGGACAACGAACGGUGGCAAAAUUCGAGGGCGUCUCUCCAGGAAAUCGAACUUAACGAGAACGACAAGUCAGAACAAGUUUGCAGCUGCGAUUACAACUCCACGUUGUCUGACGGCAGUCCUGUCUCGUACAUCGUCAAACACGAAGACAGUGAAGUGGUGUCUUUGGACUCGAGGACUAGUGAUUUGUUUAGUGAGGGCAAAAUCAGCAAGGAGUCUCCAUAUUCCCAAGAUUCUCCUGUAAAACUAGGUGAGGUUGGAAGCGGGGAUUCCCCUAUUUGUAACGGUGUGCACACGGAGAGCAGCCCGAGCUUCGGUAGCCCCGUGAAGAUUUCCAAUGAAAAAACUGAAGUCAUCGAGGAGAUUCUCCAAGAAAUCCUGUCAAAGUCUGAAAAACUCUUGGAAGAGCACACUGAGGUUUACUCAGAUAACGCCGAUAUCCCAACGGACUCUCCUGUCGUUCAAGAUCAAGAAAUAGUUCAGGCUGUUAACGAGGUUGUGAAUAUUGUACCAGAAAUCAUUAAAGACCAUUCAAUAGUAGAUCAAACCAGAGCAGCUGAUGAAACCACAACGACAGAAGAACCAACCGUGGACAAUAAGACCGAAUCUGAAAAGGUAGACGAUGAGGUGGUAGUAGAAGCUAACCAAGAAGAUGAUUACUUAGUUCCUAGCCCUACAAACGAGAUUGUGGAAGAAGUUUCAAGUCCCAAUGAGGAUAUUCCCAGUCCUAAGAAGGAGAUUGCUAGUCCCGAUAAGGAAAUUCCAGAUAGUGAUUUAUCUGAAAGAUAUCUCACUCCCACCGAAGAAAUUUCAGAAAAGAAAGAAGAAGGAACGGAGACUAUAGAGAAGACUGACAAGUGUGAUGAUGACUCAGAAUUUAGAACAGUUCCGAGUGAUAUAAAAGAAAGUGAAGACGAUAAAACGAACAGUAACAGUGACUUUGUUGUUAAUGAAAAAACUAGUGAUAAUGAACCUUUAAAAAAUAAUUCUGAAGCUGUGCCAAUUGUUGAAAAUAGUGCUGUGUCCGUAGAUUUAGAGCCGUCCAAAAAAGAAUCUAGUCUAGGAGAAGCAACUGUUGAGUCUAGUGAUAAUGAUUCUAAAUUAGUAGAUGGCGCUGAAACUGAAGUGCCUCAGGUUGAAAAUAUAUCAACGAUUUCACAAUUCUGUGAUCCUAGUCAUUACGAUAAUGCUUCUAAUGCUGCAAUUACUACCGAUAGUGUUGUUAAUACUGUGGAGGCGCCAUCCGCCACUAAUCAAACGGAGAGCCCCCAAAAGGUUGAAGGUAUGAAGAGAAGAGUCAGCCUGCCUUCUUGUCACACGGAAAAACCGAUUGGAGAUAUCAACAGGAACUCUAGUAGUCAUUCUGUAUCACCUCAGAAACGACCCAGGAGUGCCUCUACGUCCACACAAGUUGAUCCUAACCUAUUCGACAAGUGGUUCUCUGAAUAUAAUGGAAGGGAAAGUGGAAGGAAGAAGAGGUCCAGGAAGAAGAAAAUGCUCCUGGUUGAAGAAUGUAAGAGACUGGACAGGUAUGGACACACAUUCGAUACUAGGACAGCUCAAGAUAGAAAGCAAUUUGCUGUAGUUAUAGCCAACCUUCAAUAUUGA